AUGGCGGACGGUGGAGGCAGUAAUAAUAACAGCAAGAUAGUGACUAGUGAUGCCGCUAGCGAUGCAUGGGCAUUGUUAAGCUUGAAAACGCCAGAUAGUUCACCGAAACGUUCAAGCAAUGAAGUUGAAUAUAAUUCUCCAAUUGCUCGAUUGGAAGGACGCGAAUUUGAUUAUUACAUCCGUAAAUCUGUAACUACAAUUGGUCGCAAUAGUAAAUUGGGAGAUGUGGACGUAACAUUAGGUAAUUCUAGUUUCAUCUCAAGAUGCCAUUUAGAAAUCCGAUGUGAAUGGCCUGGCUUCUAUUUACUGUGUAAAGGCAAGAAUGGUAUAUUUAUCGAUGGUAUCUUUCACAGAAGAGGUGCACCACCGGUAGAAUUGCCUCAAAGUAGUUGUUCUAUGAGAUUUCCCUCUACCAACAUCCGUGUCGUGUUCACUUCUUUAAUGAGCAACAAUGGUCACUCAUCCUCUGGAUCACCUACUAAGUCAGCUGCUUUACCUGCAUCUCAAAGCCAGGACAGCCAACAAAACAAUAAAGCAGGAACAACUCAAGCGACGCGCAAAGAGCAUAGUAAAGCUGGAAGUAAUAUCACUUAUGAUUCAUCUAAUCCUCCAUCCCCCACUGGUACUAUUAGCUUAUCGAUUGUUAAUACUUUUAAGAGCCUUUUAAUUAAUUGA